CUCAGUUCAGUAUGUCUAUCGCACUCCGGCCAUGAAUGGAGACCGAGCGACUGUCUGGGGAUAAAUAAACAAUAUAUGAAUUUGUGUUUUUAAUACGAAUAUGGGGAAAAUAAGUGGAACGUGAUGUAAUUUGUGAAAUAAGAUUCAUUUUUAUUGAUUUUUUUUUCAUCAUGGUCACCUUGGAAGAGCUGGCGAUUCAGCUAUUCGACGCAGGCGCAGUGCGUCUCGGAGACAUAGAGGCGAAGGUCGGGAGACGAACACCAGUCUACUUUGAUUUGAGGGUCAUUGUGUCUCAUCCCGGAAUUAUGGUAGCGGUUUCGGAACACCUACAACGAUUAGCUUCAGAAAUAGACCACGAGUUGUUGUGUGGCGUGCCCUACGCCGCCUUGCCGCUUGCAACUGUUAUGUCCAUCAACACAGGCACUCCUAUGAUUAUGAAAAGGAAAGAAACUAAACUGUACGCCACCAAAAAGAUGAUUGAAGGCGUCUUCCACAAAUAUCAACAAUGCUUAGUCGUGGAGGACGUAGUGACCUCUGGCGGCAGUUUACUAGAAACAGUCACUACGCUGCGUGACGAGGGAUUGCGCAUCACGAAUGCUGUCGUAGUUCUCGACAGGGAGCAGGGUGGCGUUAGUGUGCUGAAAGCAAAUGGCGUCCACGUAUUGCCGCUUUUCACGUUGACCAAUUUAGCAAAUAUUCUACGAGAUGCUGGCAGAAUUGACGAUGAAACUGUAGAUAUAAUUACCGAACACAUAAAAGUAUCUCAAUUUGGUACGAAAGAUAACUUUGAAUAAUUUCUUUGAGAUGUGAUAUACGAGUUCUAGUUCGAUGUCUCUGUAUUCAAGGUAGUUUAACUACCCUAGGUACUCUACUACCUAACCUAUCCUAUAAAUUUGUAUAUUUUUUUAUAUUUAUAGCCUUUUUAAGUGUCCCACUACUGAAUACCCGAAAAUGGUAAAUGAAUAAACAGAGAUCUGUGAUCUGUCAAAUCUAAAUCCAUGACCGAAAUUAAAAUCCAUUCUAUAUAGUCUAUAGUUUACUCAGCUCAACUUGUAGGUUCCUCCCUACAUAGAUGUAUUAAAUAUAAAAUAUAAAGUAUUUAUAACAUCUAUGCCUCCCUAGUAGAAGAGUUUGUUUAUUUAAAUAAAAUUAUUUAUUAAGUUCA